AUGCAGGACAUUUUAACACUGCCAAUGACAUCUAAAAUCCAAUCUUGUGUCAGCAAAUUUUUAGAACCGGAAAUUCUAACUGAUGGAAACAAGUGGUUUUGUCCGCAAUGCUUUGCACAUAGAGAGAGUACUAGAGAAACGCAAAUCAGUAGGAGUAGUGAAAUCUUAUUCCUGCAUCUUAAAAGGUUUUUAAAACAUAGUGAACAUCUGGUGCAAGACAACAGAGUUGUUGAAUGUGUUUCUUUACGUGACUCUCUCCUGCAACUACCUCUCGUCAGUGAUACGGACACAAUGUUUAAUCAGAACUACUCAUUGUUAGCAACAAUUAAUCAGUCCGGUACGUUAACCGCAGGUCAUUAUUGGGCUUAUGUUAAGGAUCCUGCCACAAAUUCUUGGUACCACUGCAACGAUAAAGCGGUUUGCAAAUGCUCUCCACCUAUUCUCAACAACAAUUCAUGUUAUAUUCUUUGUUACGUUCGCUGUUGA